GUUACAACCUGACGAGUUCGCCUAUCGAUUAAUGAAAGGACCUGGAUACAUGGCCGUCACCGCAGGAGAGACCAUAUUUGUGAUAAAAUGUAUACCAAUCGACGCCAUCGUGCGCCGACCCAAGGAGUGUUACACGGAACUUCCAGUAACCGUGCACAACACCAGCAUGUUCCUGACUCCGAAGUCCAGAAUACUUAUUAAGGUGGGAAAUCAACGAGAAUGCAACCACGAAAUGCCCACUCUGUAUCGAAUCGAAGACACUUGGGUGCAGAUGUCACCGGAUCCACAAGUUCGACAACUACCACCCCAACAGCUUAAACCAAUGGCCCAAUUGACCUGGAGCUAUAUGACACCUGGACCUCUCGCUGUCAGUGGAAUCCACUCAGAAAAGGACAUAGAACGGCUACGAGAACACAUCAUGUUCCCCGCCGAGAAACCAGCUGUGCUUAACUCUAUUGCCCGAGGCUUGACCGGACACUCGUUCGACCCCAACAUCGUUUCCUUGUAUAACAUGUUGGACGAGGACGCACUAAACAAAAUUGCAGAAUCAGCAGCCUUUAGAGUUUGGUGAGGAUUUAUCUCAUUUGGAUCAGCUACAGCGGG